GCGCUUUAGUUGCGUAUACAGAUAUACUAGACACUGGGAGCGGGAGAACAAGGCCUCACUUUGGAUAUUUCAACGUUUUUAAAAAAAAUGUCAGCUACUUUAGUGAGAAAAACUCUAGAUCUUGAUCUUUCUACCAGUAAUCGAAAGUUAGCACCAGAAAUAAAAGAUGAUAUGCCCACCACAAAGAAAGGUUUGAAAAAACUUCGUAAAAGGCUGAAACAAAACAACCAGAAAAGUUGCAACAAAGGAAUAGCAACAGUCAAGGAUAAGAAGUUAAAAUGCAUAGUAGAGGAACUAAGGAAGAAGCAACAAGGAGAUAUGACACAGGAAAAUAUUGAACUCCUGAAAAGACUUGGAGGUAUGAAGACAAAAGCAAAUACAACAAAACAGAUCCUGGUCCACCAACAAGGAAGACUGUCUAAAAACCAACCUCCAACCCAGAAGGAAGAACAGUCUACUGUGUUUACUGACAAAGAUUUUGAAUUAUUUGAAAGGGAAUAUAUGUUAAUAAAACCCAAGAAAGAUCCUUUUUUUGAUUGAACCAACGAAGUAAAGCUUUUGUAAACUGUAAUCGUGUUUUUUAAAAUGUGAGCUUCAGACUCGGCAGAGAUCGUCAGUCAAAAGGAGCCACAUUCAAAACUGAAACAAACAAUGUUAUUGACUUACUGUCCUACGUGACUAGAAUUUAAGCAAAGACACCAGUGCAUGACAGAAACUCAAGCACCUUUUGCAGGCCUCCCAGUAAAACCUUCAUUUUUUGUUCUUAUUCUUUAUUUAAUUUAUUUUUGGUUAAAAUGAGCCAAAAAAAACUAGAUUUAAAGGUAAACCCAGACUUUCAACCACAAAUAUUGCUGUUGUCAUGAUAUUAUGAUAAGCAUCUAAUACAGAUUGAAGGAAAUGAUGAUUUAGCAGCAUUUUGGUGUGGGGAUUAUAAUUCAGACCUCAUCAUGAGCAUUAUAAGAACUGACAUAGUGGUAAUAUCUACGUCAUCACGCCAUUUGAUAUUUUACAGGUGGAUAUAGAAAUUCACAUUUAUUAUUAUUAGUCAAAUAUAAAUUAUUUAUUUGUAUUUAACUAUACUUUGGUUCACAAAACCAAAAAUUACUCUAUUUUUUUAGUGGCCCACAAGAGGUUUAAAAAUGUAUCUGUUGGUUUGGCACAAAGUUUGAUUUCAUUUAUGUAUUCAGUAAUAAUUUACUGUCAGAAACCCACUAGAAACAACUGUGUGGACAAAGUGUUAUCCCUAACAUAUAAAGAAAUUUCAUGGAUUUGCAUUAUCAAUCUGAUUUGGUGUGAAGUCUUAAUGUUUCUUGGAAAGUAAACAUUUUCUAUUGUUAUAGUUCUUUA